AUGGCUGAUAAUCGAUUUCCAACUCGAACUUUUACAAAUUCAAAUUCUAUUCGCAACAAUCGUUUUGAUAAUAAUCAUAACGAAUAUCAGCAUUUACAAACAAAUGUUCCACAUACAAGCGAUGAUUGGGAUGCUGAAAUUGGUGAAAAUAAAACAAAUAAUACAAAAUCAUGGUCACAAUCAUUUGAUAAAAAAAAUAAUAAUUCUUCUCCUCAAGAUUUAACACAUUCAUUAAAUAAAUUCAAUCGUAAUACUAAUAGUAAUUUAGGACAAAGAAUUUCACAUGAUUAUUUAAUAAAUUCCAAUGAUGUAUCUCGAUUGAUUGGUAAAGGUGGUGAAACUAUUAAACAAAUACAAAGAGAGAAUAAUGUACAAAUAAAAAUUUCCAAUGAGCGUCAAAGUCAAUGGGUUGAUUUAAUUAUUUCAGGAUCGAAUGAUCAAAUUAUUAAAAAUGCUUUUGAUCAUAUUAAAAAUAUUAUAGGUACAAUUAAAGAGAAAAAUGAAUAUUUUCAAACAAAAUCAUCUAUUGAAACAGCUUCUAACACGAAUAAUACAGGUUCAUUUUCAUGUUCGAAAAUAAAUGAAAAUAUGUCAAAUAAUACAAAUAGAUUUUCUUCAACAACAAAUCAAAAUCAUAUUCAAAAUGAUAAUAAUAAUACUUAUUCUCAUAAUGUUAAUCGUAUUUUCAAUUCUCGUGGUAGAGAAUCUACAGGUACAUCAGACAAUCGAGAUACAAAUGUAUCUUCAUCUUCUCGUUCAAAAUUUGGAAAAACAUCAAAUCGUCGUUUUGCUCCAGCUGGUGUAGAAGAUGAUGAUUAUGAUACAUUAUUUGGUUCAGAUGAAGAAAGAUCACAUGAUCAUAAAAUUAAACAAGAUAAAUAUAAUAUGACUACUAUUUUUCCUCCAAUUUCAACAUGGAAUACAAAUAAUUCAGAUACAACUAAACGUGUUGAUUGGGCAAAAAUGCGUCGUACUGAUACAACAAAUGAUAUGACAAAAUGGAAAGAUUUUCCACCAGUUAUUAAAGAAUUUUAUGUUGAAUUAUCUGAUAUAGCUAAUAUGUCUAUUGAAGAUGUUCAAGGAUUACGUGCUGAAAAAAAUAAUAUUGUUGUUACAUGGUUUGAUCCAUCAAUGAAAGAUGAUUAUGAACAAAAAAAUAAUUCUAAAUUAAUUAUUCCAAAUCCAAUCUAUGAAUUUGCUCAUGCUUUUCAUAAUUAUCAUGAAAUAAUGAAUGAAAUUGCUAAACAAGGUUUUACUGAACCAUCACCUAUACAAUGUCAAGCAUGGCCUGUUGCUUUACAAGGUUAUGAUUUUAUUGGUAUUGCACAGACUGGUACUGGAAAAACACUUGCAUUUCUAUUACCUGCUCUUAUUCAUAUUGAUAAUCAACCAAAAUCCAAAAUAUUAUUACAAGGUCCUAAAGCACUUAUUCUUUCACCAACACGUGAAUUAGCAAUACAAAUCCAUCAAGAAGUACAAAAAUAUAAUUACCGUGGUAUACGAAGUGCUGUUAUUUAUGGUGGUAGUAGUCGUAAAAAUCAAAUAUUCCAAUGUGAAGCCGGUGUUGAAAUUAUUAUUGCAACACCUGGUCGUCUUAAUGAUCUUGUUAUGAGUAAUGUUAUUGAUCUACGAUCUGUUACUUUUUUGGUACUUGAUGAAGCCGAUCGUAUGUUAGAUAUGGGUUUUGAACCACAAAUUAUGAAGAUUCUUCUGGAUAUUCGACCAGAUCGACAAACAAUAAUGACUAGUGCAACUUGGCCUGAAGAUGUACGACGUAUUGCUGCUCGUUACAUGCGUAAUCCCAUUCAAAUUUAUGUUGGUACACUUGAUCUAACUGCUGUACACAGUGUUCGACAAGAAAUUGAAAUUAUUAAAGAAGAAGAAAAAUUUGAUUUAUUAAUGGAUUUUAUUGGUCGAAUGGAUUCUGAAGAUAAAAUGAUUGUUUUUGUUGAUCGUAAAUCAUCAGCUGAUGCUGUUGCAAGUGAACUUAUUCGAAAACGUAUCUCUUGUCAAUCGAUUCAUGGUGAUCGAGAACAAAGUGAUCGUGAACAAGCUCUUGAAGAUUUAAAAUUAGGAACUGUGAAUAUUCUCAUUGCUACUGAUGUAGCUUCACGUGGUUUAGAUAUUCAAGAUAUCACAGUUGUCUUCAAUUAUGAUUUGCCAAAAUCAAUGGAAGAUUAUGUUCAUCGUGUUGGACGAACUGGUCGUGCUGGCAAAACAGGAUAUGCUAUUUCAUUAGUUACUCGAGAAAAUUGGGGUAGUGCUGGUCGACUUAUAAAGAUUUUAGAAGAAGCUGGACAAAAUGUACCGGGUGAAUUACGCGAAAUGGCCGAACGUUUUCAAACAAUGCAGGAACGAAAACGUGAAUUUACUGGUGGUCGUAAUCGUUAUGGUAAUCGUGGUAAUGAUGGAGAUGGUCGGCUUUUUGGUUUUGGUUCGAUGAAUUCGCAAGGAAAUCAUAAUGGAAGAGAUCGUGAAAGACCACCAGCUAUGAAUUCAGGUUGGUCAUUUUCUUCGUAG